UGAUCAGUGCUACAUCAAAUUAAUGGUGUAUGUAUUUGCGUUUAUAUCAAUAAAAGUAAGUUUGUUUCUGUCUCAAACUCAACAUCACGUCCAUGGCGGAAACAACAAAAAGGUAUGCAGUUGUGACUGGUUCAUAUAGAGGAGUUGGAUUUGGAAUAGUUAAGUUGUUAGCUUCAGAGGGUAUCACAGUGGUUUUAACAAGCAGAGAUGAGAAGAGAGGACUUGAAAGAAUGGAGAAGCUCAAGGAGGAAGAGGACUCUACCCUCUCUCAAAACAUUGUCCUUCAUCAGCUUGAUGUUACAGACCCAGCUAGUAUUUCUUCUUUGGCUGAUUUUAUCAAAUCCAAAUUCGGAAAGCUUGAUAUCUUGGUGAACAAUGCAUGUUGUGGUGGAGUUAGGAUCGUGGGUAAUCCUAGUCCGUUUCCUAAUGAGUCACCGGAUCCUAUGUAUGUAGAUUGGAGUAAAAUAAUUGAAACAUAUGAGUUAGCUGAAGAAUGCAUUGACACCAACUAUUAUGGUGCCAAAAGAAUGGUUGAGGCACUCAUUCCCCUUCUCCAGCUAUCUGAUUCACCAAGGAUUGUUAAUGUUUCUUCCAUUGGAGGCAUGCUUCAGUAUAUGACAAACACUUGGGCUCUAGAAAUAUUCGGAGACGUUGAAAACCUUACAGAAGAAAGAGUAGAAGAUGUAUUGAGGGUGUUUCUUAAGGAUUUUGAGAACGGUCUACCAAAAAUCAAUGGCUGGCCAGUUAGACCGUCUGCAGCUAAAAUAUCCAAAACAGCUCUGAAUGCCUACACAAGAAUUUUGGCCAACAAGUAUCCAACUAAUUUCUGUAUCAAUUGUGUGUGUCCUGGACCUGUGAAGACUGAUAGGUCCUUUUAUCCAUUAAAACGAACUAUUGAAGAAGGUGCUCAAGGUCCUGUGAAGUUGGCAUUGCUGCCUAAUGGUGGUCCUUCUGGUCUCUUCUUUACGGAGAAAGGAUUGUCAACCUUUUAAGUAUGAUUUCUAGGUCAAUUACUAAGGAAGUCCCAUAUUGGGCCCCAGGCCCAAUCACAUCCCAAUAGAGGGGUCCGUCCAUACGAUCAACAUGUGUUGACCAUGUGAUCUGGAAGUAUUGUAAAUAGAGGAUGAUUCCUCCUCAUUAUCUCUAAAAUACCUGGUAUCUCUCUAAAAGUCAUUCAUUUCUCUCACUAGAAUAUUCUUUAUCGUUGACUGACUUGAUCGUCAGAGCUUCUCCGUCCAGUGCCCAAACUUCACCAUCGACCUUCUCUUUGAUCUUGCAGGAUUGUCAUAGGUCUCGAUCGAUGAAUACAAAUUGAUUACAGAUUUUAAGAU